UUUGAGGUUUGCUGGUGCCGGGCUGGCGUGGUAUUACCAUCCAAGUAAUAGUUCCACUCUUUUUUUAAUCUUUGCCGUGUAAUCCGUAGCCUCAUCGGCAUCUUCCAUCAUAGGGUAAGCAUCAUUAAAAUCACCUGUCAUAAUUUCAGCCUCGUGGUAAAACACGCUAUCACAGCCGUUUUUCAUAUCAAUCAACUACAUCGGUGCCAUUCCUUCUCGAUCUAAUCUGCCUCUUACACACUUGCCGACGCACCUAAGAUCUCCUAUUCCUUAUCAUUACUAGAAAAGGCGUUCGUGUCACGCCACCAACAUACGACGCUGCUCUCCGAAUCGCCAGAGCUUACCUCCCGCCGGAACCAACGACGGCAGAAGAUAGGGAAGGAGGAGGGUCAGCGCCAAUCGAACACGUAGCUAGUUAGCUAGCCAGGAACAAGCCAGAUCACCCUGGCCUAGACUGAUAGCAUAGCUAAGAAGCAACCAAACCAGCACCCGGACCCGCGCGAAAAAAAAGGUCAAAAUGUCAGGCGAGGGCCCCGAAAGCGUCCCGACAUCCGCAGACCCGCGCUCCAAGCGUCCCACCAAGAAGCGCGCCCUAACGCCCGUCUCAGCCCAAGCCCACGUCGUAGAAGCGCUCUUCUCCAAGCCCGACCAAGAGAUCCGGAUCCCCGACGCGUCCGUCGCGUCGCGCAAGCGGGACCUGCCCCCCCCUCCCGAGAUCGUGACCAACGUGCAAGGGUCAAGCGCGGGAGCCGGCUCGGGCGAGUUCCACGUGUACAAGGCGAGCCGGCGGCGCGAGUACGAGCGGCUGCGGCGCAUGGACGAGGAGGUGUCGCAGGAGAAGGCCAAGGAGGAGUUUGAGAAGAGCAGGGAGGAGAGGGAGAAGCGCGACGACGAGAAGACUAGGAGGAAUAGGGAGAAGCGCGAGAAGGCCAAGGCGAGGAAGGCUAAGGUUAAGAAUGGUGGUGGUGGUGGUGGUUGGGGUGGGGGUGGUGCGGCGGAAAAGGGAGAUGGUGGUAAUAAACCUACUGUGACUACCACGCCGUCGUCAAAAGGUGUCAAGGCCAGGGCUGAUGCGAAGAAGGAUGACGUGGUAGAGACGGAGAAGAAGACGAGUGGUGAGACGCCCACGAAAGGGGAUGACGAUGCGCCGGUAGAGGAGCCGAAGGGCAUCGUUAUCGAGGAAGAUUGAGGAGGAAUAAGGUGUGAGGGAUUGGAAUUAAUAUAUACCUAGAUACCCAACCAAUCAAUAAUCUCAAGUGAGAAAAGGAGGUAAAAAGUUAGAGGAAAGCUCUGCGUUGCUUCAACAAUUAGCAUCACACGACCUACGCAUACCAGUAUAAUUGUAUUCUAGCAUUGUAGCAUCACUUGUAAUGAUCAAAAAUCAAAAUAAGAUAAUAAUCCUCCGGUAUCAUGAUUGGUAUCGAAUUGAUAA